AUGGCGUGGCGAAGCGGUUCUCUCUCGAGGUCCAUUUUCUCCGCCGCUCGAACAAUUCCAACUCGUCCCUCUCUUCAAAAUUCUUCUGCGUCUUCAAUUCGUUCUCAUCUUCUCCACCCUCGUCGCCCCCCUGUCACUGUCCCUAGGAGUUUGGGAAUUCUCGGUUGCACGCAGUCGUUGAUGCCGCUGUAUAACGCAGACGCCGCCGCUCGUCUCACCUCUCACAUUUCUGUUGAUUUUCGCGCUUGCUGUGAAUUGUCUCAGGGUACUUGA